GUUAAGCGGUUGUCAUGGAUACGAUAAUAAUCAACUCGCUUAAAAUUUAAAACAACGUAUUUUUAUUCUGUUCAUGCAGGCGACAACUUGCAUCCUGUAAUUUGCAAAGUACUAUUUUUGGUCAUGCGGUUGGUGUUGCCUAGAUACGAUUUUGGGGACGGAAACGACGCGGAAAUUUCGUAAAGCAAUGAAGACGGCGAUGGCUACCCACGCAGUCGCCGCGUAAGGGUAGUGGAAGUAGGAACGGACGUGGGGGUGGUAUUCAUUCGUCGCAAACUCACAGUCGUCUGGUCGCGUUGACGCGAAACGUGCGUGUUUGAAAAAUUUUACACUGAGCACAAUUAAAUUUAAAUUUAAUAAAACAAAACUUUUUAAUUAAAAUAUUUUAAUUAUCUAAAUAUCAUUGUAUAUUGCGAUGAACAUGCAGGUUAAUUUGUGAGAUUAGUCAGAUUUGCUUGUGGAAAUGUUGGAAAACAAAUAAUCACAUAUACAUACAUGAACAAUGGUUUGGUGUGUUUGUUACGUGCGCUGUGACGUUUCGCGACGCUCGCGUUGCUGAUAACGAAAAAAUACUUAUUAUCGCCCUCGGAUUUCGACAGCGUCGAAGCACAGGUGCUUGCGGCGUGUUGGCCACGAGUAACGAACGCAAUACGAACACGAACUCCUAAAUUAAAACGCAGCUAAAACUGCUAACGAUCAACAAGUGAAACGGUUGUAACUUGCAAUAAUAAGAAAAUCACGUUCAGCAUUAAAUAUAAAAAACUUGCACAAGUUUUUAACGAGCACAAAAAGUGCAGUGACAUAAAAAACAAUAAAAGUGUACAAUAACAAAAGUAAAAUAUAUAUUUAGUUGACUAGAAAUGUGUAAACAUGUUAGAUUUAUUACAAGACUUCAACUAUUAUUAGACGUUGAUUGCAUGAUAACAAAUGAAAGAAAGUGAAUUACAAGUAUUACAGUAUUUGAUGAUUAAAAAAAUUAAUUGAGUGAUAAAAACGGUAAAAAUGUUAAAUGAAGAGACAUAUGUGCGUAAAGUGGUACAGGUGAAGCCGCACGUGGACGGUGAUGGAGACGGUGGCGAUGGCGACGACACGGUGGAUGCUGGCGGCGGUGGUAGCAGAGGAUCCAGUGGUGGUUUGUCAUUAGAUCCGAUGCUCUGCUUUGCCACGCGCAGGCAAUCGCUCAAGCGCGACGACUCCGAACAAUACGAUAUCGUACAAAAGGUAAUGCUCUUGGGAGAUUCCGGCGUUGGAAAGACCUGUCUGCUGGUGAGGUUUCGCGACGGACUCUUUCUCUACGGCAAUUUCAUUUCCACCGUAGGCAUUGACUUCCGGAACAAGGUGGUCAAUGUGGAUCAAACGCGUGUAAAACUACAGAUCUGGGACACUGCCGGACAGGAGCGAUUUCGCAGUGUCACACAUGCGUACUAUCGAGAUGCACACGCUUUAUUGUUAUUGUACGAUGUGACGAACAAAACUAGUUACGACAACAUUCGAGCGUGGUUAGGUGAAAUCCGGGAAUAUGCUCAGGACGACGUUGUUAUAAUGCUCAUUGGUAACAAAGCCGACGCCGGGGUGGAUCGCGCCGUUCGUCGGGAGGAGGGAGAGCGCUUGGCGCGCGAAUAUAAUGUUGCUUUCAUGGAGACAUCGGCGAAAAGUGGACAGAAUGUUGAAUUGGCAUUUUUAGCAAUUGCAAGAGAAUUAAAAUUUCGACAAACAGGAGAACACGAUGAAAAUCGUUUCAGUGUACAAGAUUAUGUGCGUGCGCAAACAGCUAGCAACAAACCCGCACAACAAUGUCCUCCCUGCAACACCAAUUGAACAAUAAAUAUUAGGUAAUUCCACUGACCGUUUCAAGAAAAUGAAUAUUGCUGAAUUUAAAACAAGGCUUCCUAAAAUUUGUUACAAACAAAUCAAAUACACAUUUAAAUUUAUAAAAACAAUAUGCUUUUAGUGUUCAUAUGUUAAUAAACAUUACGUAGGGUGAUAUCAUCAAAAUUAAUAUUCAUCAUGCUAGAAUCACCCUGUAUAUAUUAAUAUGAAAUAGAUACACUGAAAACAACAAUAUGUAACGUUGAUAAUAAUCAAUAACUGAUAAAAAUUUAUAUUGAAUUUACAAAUGUUCAGUAUUAAUACUAAAACCAAAACACACGAGCUACAAAAACGACUUUGGCAUAGAAUAGGAAAUGCUAACUCAAUGAAAUUUAGAGAGAUUUUUGUAGGCAGAGGGCACAGACUAUUUAUAAUUAAAAUUGAAUAUAUACAAGCCUAAUGCAUAUCACCAAGGAAUGACAUUUGAAAGGAUAUCAAUCAAUUAAAUCAAAACUGAUAUAAAAUUACAGCUAAAAAUAAGAGGCCAUAGACCAAAUAUAAAAUAAUGCUAAUAAAUUUUAAAAUUAGGGCCUAUUAUUCCAAAUUUAGUUUUUUGACUAGUCAACGUUUUAAAAAUUUUAAACAUUUUUUAUCAUUAGAAUUGGUUAUUAGUAUGGAAGAAGUGUCAAAUAGUAAUGGUAAUGGUAUCAUCUAAGUAAAGGAUAUAUAGAGUGUUGCACUUGAAUAAUUAAUGAAAAUACAAUAUUGUUGUUAAAUAUGCAAAGUUUAAAUUUUAAAGUGCAAAUAUUCUUUGAUAAUAAUAAUUUUUGAAAAUCAGUUACAUCAAAUUGUUGUAUGACUUUGUUUGUCUAAAUGUCUAAGUGUUGUGCAAUAGCUACAAGCACUAAUGUAUGUAUAAAAUACAAGUUAUGUAUGUCAAACUGUUAAGAUUACUCCUUAACUCUAUUUUAAUUGUGUGUUAUUAUUACUUACCAAGGAUGCUAAAUAUGUGUUAAAUAAUUUGUAAUUUAUUAUGAUAAUAUUUCUACAAGCAUACCAAGUACUUACUAAGUUUGUGUUAUUGUUUAAAGAAUGCCAAUUACAUGUUUUAAAUAUAUUAAGCAAAGCGACUACGAUAAAUUAUAAUCGAAUAUAUGAAAUAUAUAUUUACAAUGUG